UGUGUAACAACAGCCGUGCAGAACGAGAACCGAGAGAGAGGCUCGCGAUUGCGAACGAAUGAGUGAAUGAGGGAGGCGAUACGGUCGAUGGUCCACGCCGCGCCGCGCUCUUCUCCCCGGGGCUUUUGAUUCAGGUCAAGAGUAUCCUCGCCUUUUUAGACGCACCCUCGAUGCGCGCGCGCGCGCACGCCUGUCAGGGACUGCCUUUUAUGGUCCGGUAUUUGAAAGCAAGUCGCCGUUGCUGUAGGCAUUGUGAAGGACUUUAUCACGCUCCCGUCUUCUCGAUGACUCGCCGAUUAUUCUUGUUUUACUCUCGCGAGUAUACGAGUCAUGUGCGUUGUUGAUGUAAAACGAGCUUAGGAAUUGACGGAUGUAAGACGUUCCUUGGCGUUUUGACAUUAUAUCACGUUUGUUAUAGUAAUUGCUAAGUGAUAAGUCUUAUUUUUCUCCGCAAAAGUGCCAAGAUGUACGUUUACAGCUAUCAGGAGCUGGCUAAUAGAAUGAUGUCAUCCAUGGAGGAAUUCCAGGAGGCGUUUCAGUUGUUUGACAGCCGCGGGGAUGGAAAGAUUCACGUGUCUCAAAUCGGCGACGCGUUACGCGCUCUUGGUCAAAAUCCGACCGAAUCAGACGUGAAGAAAUUCACUCAUCAGCACAAACCGGACGAGCGUAUUAGUUUUGAGGUAUUUCUACCGAUCUACCAGGCGAUUAGCAAGUCCCGUGCCUCUGACACGGCGGAUGACUUUAUCGAAGGCCUGCGUCACUUCGACAAGGAUGGAAACGGUUUCAUAUCGUCUGCGGAAUUGCGACACCUUUUGACGACACUCGGUGAGAAACUCAGCGACGAGGAAGUGGAAACGUUACUGGCAGGUCACGAAGAUUCACAGGGUAAUAUCAACUACGAAGAUUUUGUUCGCCAAGUCAUGUGCGGCUAAGCUUAGCUACUUAAACGCACAUAAGAGUAUUAUUAUUAUUAUUAUCGUUUAUAUUUUGCCAUUUAUUCAUCGAAUCUGUUAAAGCGUUUUACUUUUUGAAGUAUCAUAUCAUAGCAUGUGUACCUAUAUGACGAUUUAUCUCGAGGGAACUCUAAUGUGGACAUACUAUUUUAUUACGUACUAUGGGAAAGAAGGUUAGUCCCUUUUAUAUAAGAGUCUAAAUUAGUUAAACAAUGGUAGGUAAAGAACAAUCUAGCGCAUUGUGCCUUGACGUAUAUACUCCGAUUUACGAGCAUUUAGUGAUAUCGAUAGUAAGACAUACACCUAUUGUGCGAUCUUCAGCGAGAUAUCUGAAUUCCGCGGACAUUCCAAAUUUUUGUAAGAUAGACUUCGAGAAUUGAGAAUGUCUGGCCGUUCGAGGGUGAGGGCCGAGCAUUUUGAUUUAUGCCAACACUUAAUGGCUAUGUAUUUUUCUCCUUCUUCUUUUGUCCUCUUCGAAUUCAAUAUAUCCUCUAUGUAGUUAAAAAAACGUAUGUUCGAGAAUCUUCCAUCUACUGAUAGAUGCCCUAGAAAAAGUGCGCAGAGAGUAUCCACUUUAUUUAUUUAUGCAUGAGCGUAUUUAUGUCUUCGAAAUGCGCAAGAAAAGAUUAUUGUACAUUGCAAUGAAUAAAAAAGAAAUUGCUCUAAGAA